AUGUGCCCCCUCCAGGGCUGGUUCCCCAGUCCCUGGAGGAAGAAUGAGGAGACAGGUAGCUGCAGUCCUGAGGCCCUCAUCUGCCCGGGCUGCGUCAGGCUCCAGCCCACGCUGGUGCUAGUGACUCUGAGCGCAGCCUUUGGCUUGGCCUUCCAGUGUAUUUACAACAUCGCCAAGGUCAACAUGCCCAACACGGUGGGCACAGGGUUUCAUUAUAAAACCUACUUGGAGAGACACAGAACAUUCAUGGACAAAUGGUCUUGCACUCUGUCCAUGUUUCCUCUCGGUGGCUUGCUGGGGUCGCUGAUAGUCGGCCUGCUGGUUGACAGGUGCAGCAGUAAGGGAGCCCCGCUGCUCAGCAAUGCCUCCGCCAUCAUCCCCGCCAUCCUGAUGGGAGUCAGCAGAGUGGCCAAGGUUUUUGAGCUAAUCAGCUUUUCUCGAGUGAUGCUGGGAGUCUGUGCAGGCGUCUGGACCUCGUGCCUUCCCAUGCACCUGGGAGAGGUGGCUCCCAAGACCCUUAGGGGAACUCUGGGAACCAUGACGGAUGUUCUUAUCAUCUUGGGACUCUCCCUAGCACAGAUCUUCAGGCUGCAGGCCGUGUUGGGCAAGCCUACAGACCUCCCAGAAGGGGCUCCCACAGCCACAGCGCUGGGCCCGUGCAGCUCCCGACCUCAGCUUCUCCUGAGGUGGCCCUUGGCGGCGCCCAAGCGGAGGACUGACCACUUCCAGGAUGGGAGAGGCGCUCCGAGAUGCAGGCUUCGGUGGGACGGGAUGGAGGGGCUCUGGUGCUGGCGCAUCCGCGGCAGCUCGGGGGCGCGUGUGGCCGGUGAGCUGCAGUCAGCGGUCAGUGACGUGGAGGACCGCUCCGAGAAGGCCCAGGGCGGCCUGACUGCGCUCAACCUCUUUCUGUUUUAGCCUCUGCAACUCUCUGGGAUCAAGGCAAUGAGCCACUAUGCAGACAUGAUCUAUGUGUCUGCGGGCGUGGAGGCCACUCACCCCCAGUAUGUAACAGUGGGCAUUGCCAUGGUCAACAUGGUGAUGACUGUCAUCUCGGGGAGUGACCCGGAAGCACCCCUCCCCUCAAGGGUCUCUGAGCAGGGGCCCAGCAGGCACACAGGAACCCCGGGGGUUCGCGGACAGGUCAUCCCCUCUGUGGUGAGGACUGAGAUCUUCCUGCAGUCUUCCCGACAGUCACCUUCAUGGUAGAUGGGACUGCCCUGGCUCUCCAACAUCACGGUGGGCUUCUUCCCUUCCAUCCAGGAGGUCAUUGGUGCCUACAGUUUCAUCUUCACCAGAAUCUGCUUCCUCACUGCUAUUUACAUCUGCGUGGCUAUUUCUGAGACCAAGGGCCAAACCUUUGUGGUAAACCGAAUUUUUGCCAAGAGGAACAGAGGGGAGUUUCCUGAGAAGCGAGAGGAAAUCACAGAUGUCAGGCCUCGCAUACUUUCAUCGCAGAGCCUCAUUGCUGGGGGAGAGGAUGAAUCUCACCACAGCGAAUGCCAUUUCCUGGCUGAGCAUCCUGCAGCAGCCGCCCAUCAUCACCCGCAGGAGAAGAUCUAA